AUCAGCCAAAUGAAUAUAAUUGUUACCUUAGCUUUGCUGACACUUUUCGUGUCCUUCUCGCAUGCCACGCAUGCCGAGCUCAAUGAGCAAUGCCGAGGAUUUGCUGUGGGACAGACAUGCCAAGGCUUUAAGAAUCGAGGGGUUUCGGGCUGGCCCGUAUGCCGUAAGAAUGCCAACAACGAAAUGUGGUACUUCGACACAAAGACAAGAAAGUGCAAGAAGUUGGCCUACAAAGGUUGUGGUGGCAACAAAAACCGCUUUUGCAGUCGAAUUUCUUGCAUAAAGCAGUGCAAGCUUACAACUUAAUAUUUAAAUUACAUAAUCAUCUGUACACUUUCAGUAUAUACCUAUUUUAAAAUU